AUGUCAACACAAAUUGAUCAUCAUACGGGCUUAGGGGCGUCACCGUUUGAAUUUGAAGUGAACGGGCUUUACAUUCUUCUGUCUGACCGUGGAAACGACGUUUACACAUACCACUGGGGCCUUUAUCUACACCAGGCUACAAGUUCAGGCUUUGUCUAUCAUCUGGUCAACACGGCCAACACAGCCAACCCAACCAUCUGGCGUUUCGAGAGCAAACCUAGCGACGACGUUAUGAAUUCUAAGAGGCUACUUGUGGCCUUGAAGAUAGGAGUUUUAGACUCUUCUCUCCACCAGCAUCUCCUUAGCCGUCUCUAUCGAAUUCCAAUCGCCGACUCAGUCCGAUUCCGCGAAAAGAUCACCUGUCGUGUGUGGCUCAAAGAGGCUCUCUAUGUGCUGGAUGACGAAGGCUAUAUCAAGUUGACUCGUAGUGUCAGCGCCAUCGAAGGCGAGGCGAAUGCCAUCGCGAUGCUGAACAAGAUGUCGGGCAGGAGGAUGGUUGUUUCAAGUAAGGGAAGCCAAGCUUGA